CCGUUGUGGCAGGAAAUGUGGAAGCUAUGAGCAUGGGAGGAGAGAUGAAGCCACUAGCCGGGACAGAUGCAUGAUUAGCGUGCUGAUCAACUCCCGGUAGGGAAAGUGGACUUACUCUGCAGAUACGCCUAUAUGUCGAGUCCAUUGGUCAAGAAGCAUUCAACUAUCGACCGGCGGAGAGACGAAGAAACUGUGCGGAAACGAUUUUGACAAUGCGACGAAGACCGACCUGUCUUUGACUCCUAGCUUGGGUUGCUGCCGCUUACUCCAUUCCAUUGCCUCGUCGUAUCGUCCUUUUGCAUUUCUCGCCCAUUUUGUGGCUGUCCUGCGUGGUCGAUCUUUCGUCCCGUGUGAUGACUUCUGCGCACGCUUCUGCGCACGCACAUCAACUGUAGAUAUGGCAUCCUGCUCGAUUGCCGGGACCACACGAAUUUGGCGCCAAAAUGUUUGGUGCGCGCCAAGCUCACCGAGCCCCUUGUCAUCGUCGGUCUGUAGACAUGGUGUGAAGUUGGCGACAAAAGCUCUGCGGAGUUCCCGCCACACCGUCUCCCUCGGCCCUGUUCCAUCCUGCAGUUGCUUACCUAGAACGACCGGCCUCAGAUAUGGAGGUUUUGCAGCGGACUGCGCAUCCACUUGCGCGUCUCCGGUCGCCACUUGGUCAAGGAUGCGCGACAGCUGGAUGGCCAUGCGCCACAGCCGCGCAAUCAUGGGCAACAUCUGCGCGACCGCGCGUGACAGUGGGCCCGCUAGAUCGGCAGCGGCUACUCGUAGAAGGACUCGUUCAGCGGGAGCUCGGCGAGGUCCCUUGGUCUCAUCAGCAGCUCAGCCAUUGGCGCGCAUGGCUAACGCCACUGGAUCGCCACUGCUGCGUUACGGCGGUGGUUGCUCCUCUUCACAAGACCUGCUGCUGCGUGACUGUUCAUGGUCCGGCGACCGACUGCAGAAUGCGUGCACGGCAGUGGUUGUAAAGCGUCCUGAGGGCUUGAUGACGAGGCGAGGAGAGGCGGCGACUGGAUUAGUUUGGGCCUUUCCAGCGCACCAAGGGGCGCCCAUGCACAGAAGAGCUGUCCUUUGUCGGUGUAGAAGGGCCGGGGGCAAAGUGGGAAGGGGGGGAUUAACCGUAGGGGUGGGAGUGUGGGUAGAUAUACCCGGGGGCAUGCGGAAAAGGAGGGAGGGAGAUGCGAGGGAAAAGAGGAUGAGAAGAUGGUUGAAGAUCGGCGAUGGCAUUGGCGAGAGGAGUGCGGGCCUAGGAAAGAGUCGUCGCGUUGUGAUGGAUGCCAUCUCCUCCUCCCACGGCGGACGUGAAAGGGAGAAAGAGAAGGGUGUUGGAGGAGGAGGAGGAGGAGGUGAUAUGGUUAGCAGGAGAGUCCGUGGGGGGGCCGGUUGGCAGGGUAAAGAUGUGGGGGAAUAUGGCUUUGCGCCCGCCGUCAACACUGUGGCGGUGGCAGCGUCCCCGAAGCUGGGAGAGCACCGGAUGGUUGAUGAAGAGGUGGGAAAGGUAGAAAGAAGCAAGGAGGAUGGGUAUGGGAGGAGGAGUAGAGGGCAAAAGACGACGGGUGAGGCGGGUAUGCUGCAUGGCGCGCCUACAAGGGGCAACGCAAUGCCUUUUGGACCGUCGGCAAGGAACGGAGGCGUUAACUUCUCUCUGUUCUCGUCAGGAGCGAGAGAAGUUUCGCUGUGCCUUUUCACAGCCGACGAUCUUCAAGAGGGCCGUGUGACUGAGGAGAUCGUUCUUCAUCCGCUUUGGAACCGAACCGGCCAGAUCUGGCACGUGUUUGUGCCGGACCUCGCACCAAACCUGACGUACGGGUAUCGGGUCGACGGCAGUUUUUUACCGGAGCAGAGUGAGCGUUACGAUAAGUCGAAAGUCCUGGUUGAUCCUUACGCGAAGUUGGUGACCAGCAGCAGGCGGGCAUUCGGGCAGCCGACCUUCUUACUGGCCGAUGAGGAGAAUGGGGACAAAGCAGGAACAGCAGUCUGCUGGCCGCAGCUGGCGGGGUUGGUACCAAUGACGAGAGGAGAAGGAGAAGUAGGAGUCGGAGAAGAUGACGUGGAGGAUGAUUUCGAUUGGGAAGGGGACACUUCACCGAGCCUUCACAUGAAGGAUCUGGUGAUUUAUGAGAUGCAUGUGCGGGGUUUCACAAGGCACGCCUCGAGCAAAACCAAAGCCCCGAGGGGAACUUAUCUCAGCUUGAUCGAGAAACUCCCGCACCUAAAAGAGCUAGGUGUGAACGCGAUCGAGCUGCUUCCUGUCCACGAGUUCAACGAGCUGGAGUUCUACUCCUAUAAUCCGGCGAUGGACGAUCACCGGGUGAAUUUCUGGGGCUACUCAACGAUCAAUUUCUUUUCCCCAAUGAGUCGUUACGCAGCGGCGCAUGGGGGGAGGAGGCUGCGACCGAGCGGCGGCGGCGGCGGCGGCGGCGAUGGAGGGGGGAAAGGAGAGGGCGCGGUAAGAAGCGGCGGCGUUCCAUCCGCGUCGAAGAAUGCGAUUUGGGAGUUCAAGACUUUGGUUAAGGAGUGUCACAAGAUGGGAAUGGAGGUGAUUUUGGACGUUGUGUUCAAUCACACAGCAGAGGGGAAUGAGAGGGGACCGAUCGUGUCUUUCAGAGGACUGGACAACAGAGUGUUUUAUAUGACGGCGCCGAGGGGAGAGUUCUACAACUACUCUGGCUGUGGCAAUACCUUCAACUGCAAUCAUCCAGUUGUGAGGCAGUUCAUCAUCGACUGCUUGAGGUACUGGGUGCUGGAGAUGCACGUGGAUGGAUUCCGGUUCGACCUGGCGUCAGUGUUGACUAGAUCGAGCAGCAUGUGGUCCAGCUGCGUGGUGUACGGACAGGAUGGUCGGGCAAUGGGGGGGGUUGACGGCGGGGGAGGGGGGGAGGAGGAUGGCAUUGUGACGGGAACCCCACUCCCUCGCCCUCCUUUGAUUGACAUGAUUUGUAACGAUGGCGUCUUGCGAGGAACGAAGCUGAUCGCAGAGGCGUGGGAUGCUUCUGGUCUCUAUCAGGUCGGCAACUUCCCUUAUCAUCAGGGUCUUUGGGCGGAGUGGAACGGCAAGUUCCGAGACAGUGUGAGGAUGUUCAUCAAAGGCAGCGAUGGGGAGGCGGGGGCAUUCGCGAGCUACUUGUGCGGUUCGCCGCAGCUUUAUGCCGCCGGAGGUCGCAAACCAUACCAUAGCAUCAACUUCGUGACAUCUCACGACGGUUUCACGCUCGCAGAUCUGGUUUCUUACAACGAGAAGCAGAACUUCGGCAAUGGAGAGAACAACAACGAUGGAGAUUCCAACAACUUGAGUUGGAACUGCGGGGCCGAUGGGGAGGUGGUAGACGGGCGCGUGGCCACGUUGCGCCAGAGGCAGAUGCGCAACUUCGUCCUCGCGCUGAUGGUGGCGCGCGGGGUUCCGAUGAUCCAUAUGGGCGACGAGUACGCGCACACCAAAGGUGGGAACAACAACACUUACUGUCAAGACAACAACCUCAACUACUUCAGAUGGGACAAGAAAGACGCCGAUGUCAACGGCCUAUGCCGCUUCUUCCGCUUGGCUAUCCGCUUGAGGAGGGAGUGGGAGUGCCUGCGCUCGGAGGAAUUUCCAACGGACGAGAAUCUGAGCUGGCAUGGCCAUCAGGCCUAUUGCCCGGACUGGUCAGAGACGAGCAGAUUCGUCGCCUUUACUGUGAAGGAUGAGGUGAAAGGGGAGAUGUACGUGGCGUUCAAUGCAAGUCACUUACCCGUGAUUGUUAACCUGCCCGCGAGGAACGGGUACGUUUGGGACCCUGUGAUAGACACGUCGAAACUCCCGCCGUACGACUUCCUCGAGGACGACUCCCCUCAGAAAGAUGGCGCCAUGGCGAACCUCUACGGCUUCUUAUCAGCCUCCGCCUAUCCCAUAAUGGGCUACUCUUCCGUCCUCCUCAAACUCGUGCCCAAGACGGGUAAGUAGGCGGCAAGAAAGGGACACACUGAUAAACUCGUGCCCAAGACGGGCAGAGGGCUGAAGGCUACUGUGCAUACCAGUGCUUAGUGUGAUUUGGGAUGCGAUCCAUUAUGUAUCAUCUUAUCUGCGUCCAGCUGGAUUUGGACUUCUGCGAACGUUUGCGACGAGAUCCGGGAUGUGAUUUGGUUGUUUGAGGAUGCAAUUGGGUGGUGGGGGUGGGGGUGGGGGUGGGGGUGGGGUUUGGAUGAAGGACACACGGGGUGCACUGAGGCAUUCGCAACACCAUGUCGCUGGGGACAUGACAUGAUCCCGGUGAUGGAGUCACUUCGGGACCUGUACAGACAUUCAUGCUGUCAGCUUUGAGCAGGGCAAGCAGGGCAAGCAGGGCAAGCAGGGCAUGAGCUUGACAUAUUUUCUUGUUUAUGUAUAGGUCAUGAUACCGUCCGCGUGUCGGUGGUUCUUGUGGGAAAAUAAAAUGCCUCUUUUCGACGAAGGAAAAAGCGGAGUAGAAAGCAGUCGUUCUGGAGAAAUUGAGGAGGAGGACGACGAAGAGACAGGAGGCAGGAGUUUAACUUUGUAACUCUAUACUUAUCGACAUCAGAUUCUCCACACGCGUGCAGCAACAGCCAUAGCUAUGAGGAGGAGGAAGACGAAGAGACAGGAAGCAGCUAUGGCUGUUGCUGCAUGGGUGUGGAUAUGUCGAUAAGGCCGCUGCUAUUAGUUGCUACGUUCCCACUGUUGUGGCAUGGACAAAUUGAGGAGGAAGAAGAAGAGACAGGAGGGUGUUCCCCCUCCUCUUCCCCACCUACACACAACAUCCUGUCGUAACCUGCGGUGCAGUGGCGGUAAGAGAAGAACCAACUGGACGAAGGCACCUGGGUGGGAUGGCUCCUGUCCAUUGGUUGGGAGCUUGACUUGCUCAAAACCGGGUCCUGCGUCCCUUAAAAUGAGGCCAGAGUCCUCCCAGUCUACAUGUAAUGAGGGAUGAUAACAGAUCGCACCGACUAGGAUAAACUGAUGACACUGAAUACCGGGACCUUUACCCGGCUUGGCAGGCUGUUACUUCGUAGCUCUACUUACUUUGUAGGUAUACUUACGCAUUGCCUGUUAUAUGCUGGCAUGGCUGUUGCUGCAUGGCUGGCAAGUUUGAUGAUAAGGCUGCUCUGCUGCUAUGAGUCACUCUACCUUGCUGCUGUUGUGACACACUGCUAUCACACACUGCUGCUGUUGUCACACACUGCUAUCGCAUGCCAUGACAGCCAUGUUGCUACUGAGAUGAUACUGCUGCGGCAAAUUUGUAUGCCAUCGAUGCUGUGCCGCUAUAACUAUGAUGUUGCUGAACAUCGACGCUUUUAGUGUCUGUUGCGAUCGCUAUAAUUGAACUGUGGUCGCCGGUCUUCUCUAUGUCCUACAAUGUUCUAAGGCUUACCAGCCGCGGGCUCUUUCCUUUCGAUCAACUGGCAUCUUUGGCCGUGCGAUGUAAAACUUAAUUUACAUCGCAAGGCCAGCAUUG